AUGCAGCCGACAUUUGGAGUUCAGGCAGAUAUUUCAUUCCGAAAGUUCCCGAAUAGCGGAGGCAUUUCCACACCACCGCCAAUGAAGUUCGGGACGAGGAUACCGAACAGAGUCUUCAUUGGAGGCAUUCCACCAAUGACCACAGAGGCGGAUGUGCACUCGUGUUUCUCCAAGUACGGCAAUGUUCGAGCUGUGAAGCUGAUCAUGGAUAAGUCAGGAGUGCCGAAAGGAUACGGUUUUGUUACCUUUGAAACUGAGGAGGAGGCCAACUUGGUGUUGAAAGCAGUUGAGCUUGAGGGUGGAAGCUUGCCUUUCAAGGAUCGAAAGCUCAACAUCGGAGAAGCUGUGAGGAAGAUGCCGUUCUUCAGCGAAGACCAGUCCCGGCUGCCGAACCGCGGUGGCUCUGUGAUCCCCGAUGUGGCCCUCAUGCCACCGAUGCAGGCUGUCAACGAAUUUUCCAUGUACAAUUACUAUCUGCAGCCGUACCCGCUCAUGGACCCUGGGAAUGGAGGUUAUGGGCCUGGUCCGCUGACGUGGCCGCCUGGGGCUGACCCGGCAUACCAGCAGCCCUGGGCCACCUACCAGACCCAGCACGGGUUACCGCAUCCUGCUGUCGGCCCGCCGUAUCCGCAGAUGCUGGCCUAUCAGCAGCAAGCGCCUUUGCUGGGGGACGCGCUUCAACCGUCCGAUGUUUCGAGCUGGUCUUCUGCCGGUUCCUGCGCCUCCUCCACGUGUUCCACCGCGUCUUUCGGCAACGCCGGGGACCUGCCCUUCGGAACUGUGGCGGAAUUCUCGUCGUCGGCCCGUGGCGGAGAUUCUGCGAGUGAUCAUCAUCAUCAGCAGCAGCAGCACCAACACCACCACCACCAACAUCAAAUGCCGGGCGGCGCAGCUGCGGCAGAAGCGACGACGACGACGACGGCAGCAGCAGAAUUGUUUUCAUCGGGUUGGUGUCCUGACGGCAGCCCUGGGUACCUGUUCCCGUCGUCUCACGAGGAGGCGGGAGCAGCAGCCGGGCUGACGUCUGCAUUGAAUGCUGACGGGGUCGAGGAAACUUAUCCGUCGAUGCUUUACCAGCCGCCGCUUUAUCCUCCUCCCCCUCCUCCGUCGUCAACGUCGGCGGCUUCGGCGGUCAUCCGCCGCAGCUUAUUCCCCGAACUCAGCCACAACUCGAACAGUACGCUCAAGUUCCCGCUGCCGGGAUCGAAGCCAGCAGAAGACGGCGUGGUCGGAAGCGGCGUCAGUGGCGGCGUGGAGGACAACGCGGCGACGGAAUCUCACGAGGGCCUGCAGGCGUUGCUGGAGAACCUGUCGGUGUCGUCUUCGUCUUCUUAACGCGGGAAGUAUGAUGACGGGAGUGUGGGGCGCUCGACCUCGACGACGUUUUGGUCUUCCCUCCCCUCGUGUUGUGUGCCAAUAGCGGAGAAGAGGGGGAAAUAAUCUCCUUUAUUGAGCCCUACGCUGGGAUCAGCAUUUUUCCCUUUCUUUUCGUUUCUUUUUUUGUCGUUGUUGUUGGUGUUUUCCCCACUUCUUUGCUCGAUCGAUUAUUUUUCUUCUAUUGCCACGAGCCGUUUGUUCGUCGGUUACAUAGUACCUCUUUUAACCCCCCCCCCCC